AAAAAGGCAUUUUCAUAAAAAGUAUAAAAUAAUGACGUCCGUCUUACCACCGCAGAAGGAGUCGACGAGCGGCACCUACACGUUCUCCAGCCGGCCCAGAGCGCUCCCAAACCGUAGCAAAUACAGAGACCCUGUGGCUGAACUGCAAGAAGAACCAACCCAAUAUGGGAACAUCAUGUAUGACCGGCGGGUGAUCCGGGGAAACACCUACGCACAGCACAUCCUACCAGUCUCUGCCCAACCAGACCCCAUUGAAAUUCAGAGGCAGCAGGAAGUGAGGAGGAGAGCUGCAGCGAAAAAAAGAGCAAAAGAUCAACUUCGACCACGAACGCCUGAACCGGUGGAAGGUAGAAAGCAUAUCGAUGUCCAAACAGAGUUAUACCUCGAGGAACUGAGUGACCGCAUUGUGGAGACUGACGUGGAGUGCCAGACAGAUGCAUUUUUGGAUAAGCCCCCUACACCUCUCUUCGUUCCAGCAAAGACGGGGAGGGAUGCAGUCACGCAGAUUGAGGAGGGAGAGCUCUUUGACUUUGAUAUUGAAGUUAAGCCCGUUCUGGAAGUGUUCAUUGGGAAAACAAUUGAACAAGCCCUUCUGGAAGUUAUGGAGGAAGAAGAGCUUGCCAAUCUCCGUGGCCAACAGCGGGCAUUUGAAGAACUGCGCAAUGCAGAGCUGGCAGAAGUGCAGAGACUCGAGGAACAAGAGCGGAGACAUCGAGAAGAGAAGGAACGUCGUAUGAGGGAACAGAGGGAAGUUCUUCGACUGGAAAAGGAGACUGCUGAAAAAAUUGCUGCCCGCGUAUUUGCGAAACACUAUCUGGCUGAUCUGAUACCGUCGAUCUACAGUAACCUUCGGGAUAAUGGCUACUUCUACGACCCUGUGGAAAGAGACAUUGAGACUAAUUUCCUGAACUGGCUCGUGAAGGACGUGGAGAACACACUGGAUGAUCAUGUCCUUGGACGAAAAGUCUUAGACAUGUUGAUCCGUGAAGUGGUUGAAAAGCGACUCGACGUCUUCCAACAGAUGGAGCAGCAGCAGCAGCACAACGCCUCGGCCUAGAACAGGACACGUGUGCCCGCUGGCCGCUCCAGAUUCAUAACUCUGGACUUGCAGAUUAGCGAGAAACCAAGACAAUACAAUAAUUCGCACAACCGAAGAUCAUGUAAUGCAGUUCACAGCCUGCUUUAGAUUUUGUACUUGCGGAAUUCUGGCCAUGUGAUUACAAUGAACAUGCAAUGUAUUUACUGUUCAGUGAAAGGCUCUGUAUUUGAAUGUC